UCUGCGCUGCCUGCAGCCCUCCUGCCGCCGGCGCAGGGCGCACGGACACGCAGGCACACGCGGGGACGCGGCCCGCGCUGCCGAGCUGCCCGCCUCGCCAGGGGUGGCUGUGCUCCACGGGGUUCCACGCUCUGCCCUGCGCUGCCCGCGGAUCCCCCGCAGGGCCGAUGGGGAGUAGUGGGAGGAUGCGCCUGAGCCGCGUGUGCUGCGUCUUCUACCAGCUGUGCGUUCUGUCCAGCGGACUGGCCGCAGGUCUCCAUGCUUCAGUGGACUCUGAGGAGUGGGAGAUCGUCUUCCCCGCGCUCUGGAGCCGGGGCCAGCAGGAGCCGGCGGGCGGCAGCGGCGGCGGGGGCGGUGGCAGCGCCGAGCCCGGCUGCGGUAACCGGAGCAGCGCGCCCAGCGCGCCCGCGGCACCCGGCCCGGCGACGGGCAGCUCUCGGGAAGUGCGCUCCGUCUCCUCCUCGGUGGAGGGUCCGGCGCAGGCCGCAGGGGAGGCGGCCGAGGAGGAGGACGCCGAAGAUGAGUACGAGUCUCAGGAGUUUUACCACUGGCCCCCCCUGCCUCAGGGCUCUGGUGCCACCCCGCAGCUGCCAGCAACACUGUCCCCCCCGCCACCGCCUUUGGCCGAGGAUGGAGACGAAGUGUUGCUGAGGAUCCCGGCCUUUGCCCGGGAGCUGUAUCUGCUGCUCAAGAGGGACAGCCGCUUCCUGGCUCCUGGCUUUGCUGUGGAGGAACGACACGGGGGCGACAGCAAAAGCCCGCAGGGUACUGCUCAAGGGCAGCCUGAGAGAGCUUGUUACUACAGUGGUGCUGUGCUUCGCUACCCAGGCUCCUUCGCUUCCUUCAGCACCUGUGGUGGAUUGAUGGGGUUUAUACAGAUUAAUGAGGACUUCAUAUUUAUUGAGCCACUCAAUCACACUUUGGCUGUGACAGGUCAUGCACACAGGGUGUACAGACGAAAAAGGUCCGUAGAGGAGAAAAUUACUGAAAAACCAGCUUCUCAGAAUCAGUACUGUGGUGUUGUUACAGAUAAAAGAAAAUCCAAGAAUCAGAAAGUAUCAGAAAGUGGAAGAGGAAAACGAUACUCUUAUAAAUUACCUCAGGAGUACAAUAUAGAAACAGUUGUGGUAGCAGAUCCAGCUAUGGUUCUGUAUCAUGGAAAAGAUGCUGCCAGAAGAUUUAUUCUGACCAUCUUAAACAUGGUUUUUAACCUUUUCCAGCACAAAAGCCUUGGACUACAAGUUAAUCUUCGAGUUACUAAGCUUGUCCUCCUUCAUGAGACUCCAGCAGAUAUGUAUAUUGGACAUCAUGGGGAAAAAAUGCUGGAAAGCUUUUGUAAAUGGCAGCAUGAAGAGUUUGGCAAGAAGAAUGAUAUACACUUAGAAAUGUCAACAAGCUGGGGAGAAGACAUGUCGUCAGUUGAUGCAGCUAUACUUAUCACAAGGAAGGAUUUCUGUGUACAUAAAGACGAACCAUGUGAUACUGUCG